AUGAAUGAAAUGCUUUCAUUUCUUGCAGCUGGUUAUGGAACAACGUCAACAGCACUUUCUUGGUUUAUUUAUUUUAUGAGUAAAAAUCCACAAAUACAAAAGAAAAUAAAACAAGAACUUUCUGAAUAUCAUGGUCAACGUCUUUCAAUUCAACAAGUGGAGUCACUAACUUAUUUAGAUUAUGUACUUCGUGAAGUAUUCCGUUUAGCAGGACCAGUAACAGGUACUGUUCGAACGUUAACUGCAGAUGAUCAAUUACCUAAAAGUGGAGCACAAUUAAAAAAAGGUGAUUCAGUUAUGAUUACAUUUUAUACUUUAGCAAGAGAUAAACGUUAUUGGGCAAAUUUAUAUGAUCUAAAUGAAUUUCAUCCUGAACGAUAUUUAGAUGAUCCGGAAAAUAAAAAUAAUCUAUCAGCAUUAAUACCAUUUGGUGGUGGACAUAGACAAUGUAUGGGUCAAGAUUUAGCUCGAUUUGAAUUAAAAAUUAUUUGUGCUAGACUUAUGCAAUUUGUUACAUUUGGUGAUGGUGGACCUGAACUUAAUGCUGGAGGAUAUGAUGUUACGGAUACGAUUAAACCAAAAAAACUUGCUGUAACUAUAACAUUUGAUUAA